CAAACGGGGCAGGAAGACGGCGGCCGGCGGGAGGUUUUAACAUUUUUACCGAUUGUGGCUCUUCAACACGACCCCUGGACCUCCAAAGACGACCAGGGGGAGCUCAGACCCCCGCCCACCCUGAGAUCACAAUGGCGUUGAUACCUCAGGGGCCAUGCAAGGACAUGGAGGGCACGCAGAAGGUGUGGGUGCCAGACCAGGUCAAUGGCUUCAUCCUGGCCAGCAUCGUGGACCUGACCAGCGAGGGUGUCCAGGUCCAGCCCGUGGCCCGCAACAGCAAGCCACUCACUGCGGACUAUGACAGAAUAUACCCAGCGGAAGAGGACCAGGCCAAGGAUGUGGAUGAUAACUGUGCGCUCAUGUACCUUAACGAGGCCACGCUUCUCAACAAUGUGCGUCUACGCUACAACCAGGACAAGAUUUAUACCUACGUGGCCAACAUCCUCAUCGCCGUCAACCCCUACAUCGACAUCCGCAACCUCUACUCCCUCGACACCAUCAGGAAGUACCAGGGCCGGUCUCUCGGACAGAUGCCGCCACACGUCUUCGCUAUUGCGGACAAGGCCUUCCGUGACAUGAAGGUGCUCAAACAGUCCCAGAGCAUCAUUGUGUCGGGUGAGUCGGGCGCAGGCAAGACGGAGAGCACCAAGUAUAUCCUGCGCUACCUCUGCGAGUCCUGGGGCAACAAGCUCGGCCACCUGGAAGCCAAGAUACUGGACGCCAACCCCGUGCUGGAGUCCUUCGGCAACGCUAAGACCACCAGGAACAACAACAGCUCGCGAUUCGGCAAGUUCAUCGAGAUCCACUUCAAUGAAAAAUUCUCGGUGGUGGGCGGCUUCAUCUCGCACUACCUCCUGGAGAAGUCGCGCAUCGUCGUCCAGGGCCCGCAGGAGAGGAACUACCACAUCUUCUACCAGCUCUGUGCGGGGGCGCCGGAGAAACUACGUCAACAGCUGAACCUUGGGACCCCUGACCAGUAUAAUUACCUGAAGAAGGGAUGCACCCAGUACUUCUGCAGCAAGGACACGGAGAAGUCCCUGCCGGCCUCACGCAAGAGCCCCACACACAUCAAGAAGGGACCCCUCAAGGACCCUAUACUGGAUGACGCACGGGACUUCGCCUCGGUGGACAAGGCUCUCGGAAACUUCGGCCUGAGUGAGAGCGAGCGAUUGGCCAUCUAUACCACAGUGGCAGCCGUCCUCCACCUCGGGAAUGUGAGCUUUGAGGACAACCCCGAAGAUACAAAAGGUGGUUGUAUGGUGUCCCCGGGGUCGCAGGGUCACCUCAAGACUGCGGCAACACUGAUGGGGGUGGACGCGGAGGAGCUCAACCAGGCCCUGUUGGCACGCGUCAUGCAGACCAGCAAAGGAGGCCUGAAGGGAACGGUGAUCAUGGUUCCUCUCAAGACCUACGAGGCAUCAGGUGCCCGGGACGCCCUCGCCAAGGCCAUGUACAGCAAGUUGUUUGACUUCAUCGUGCGGCGGAUCAAUGACAGCAUCCCGUUCUCAUCCUCCGCCUACUACAUCGGCAUUCUCGACAUCGCUGGCUUUGAGUACUUCCCGGUGAACAGCUUUGAACAGUUCUGCAUCAACUACUGUAAUGAGAAGCUGCAGAUGUUCUUCAAUGAGCGGAUCCUUAAGGACGAACAAACGCUCUACGAGAAGGAGGGGCUGGGCCUGCGCAAGAUAUCCUACGUCGACAACCAGGACUGCAUAGACUUGAUCGAGGCCAAGGGGUGUGGCAUCAUCAGCCUGCUGGACGAGGAGAGCAAGCUGCCUAAGUCCUCGCACACACACUUCACCUCCGCCGUCCACCACAACCACUCCUCGCACUUCCGCCUUGCACUUCCACGCAAGAGCAAGCUUCGGGACCACCGGGAGAUCAGGGAUGACGAAGGCUUCCUCAUCAGGCACUUUGCGGGGGCCGUGUGCUACCAGACGGCUCAGUUCCUCGAGAAGAACAACGACGCACUCCACGCCUCGCUGAAAGCCUUGGUGCAGGAGGCUCAAAACCCCUUCAUCCAGGCCCUCUUCUCUGCCGGGGGGGACGAAGACAGCCACUCACACCCCCAGCAAGCUCGUGGCAAGCUCUCCUUCAUCUCCGUGGCCUCCAAGUUCAAGUCCCAGCUCCAGGAACUUAUGGACAAGCUCUCUAGUACGGGGACCAACUUCAUCCGCUGCAUCAAGCCGAACGUGAAGAUGGUUGAUCAUGAGUUCGAGGGGGGGGCUAUCCUGUCUCAGCUGCAGUGUUCCGGGAUGACCACAGUGCUGGAACUCAUGCAACAGGGCUACCCAUCGCGCGCCCCCUUCCACGACCUCUUCAGCAUGUAUAAGCAGUACCUACCCACCGAGCUUGCCCGCCUUGACCCGCGUCUCUUCUGUAAGUCACUCUUCCGCGCACUUGGCCUCGACGAAAAGGACUUCAAAUUCGGCCUGACCAAGGUGUUCUUUAGGCCUGGGAAGUUCGCGGAGUUUGACCAGAUGAUGAAGAGCGACCCAGAAAACCUGAGGCUGCUGGUGUCCAAGGUCAAGAAAUGGCUCCUGCAAUCGCGCUGGAAGAAGGCCCAGUGGUGUGCUCUCUCCGUCAUCAAGCUGAAGUACAAGAUUCUGUACCGCCGGGAGCAGCUGGUGAUCAUCCAGAAGAACGUCAGAAUGUACAACGCCUGCAAGAAGUACAGACCGCGCUACAUGGGGGUGCUCAAGAUCAAGGGGCUGCAGAGCCAGCUUCAGCAGUUAUCCUCCACCGUGCAGCAGCUGAAGAAGGACAAGGAAUCAUCGCAGGCCAAUGUCAGGAAACUGGAAGGCAUGAUGGAGGGCGCUAUCAGGAAGAUCAGGAGCACAGCCAUGACCCGGGAGCAGAUUGACCAGGAACACAGCACUCUCGUCGCGGCCCUGAACAACGAGCUCGCAGCCGUACACAAGAAACUCACGCAGCAGAAGAACGCGGAGGAACAGGAGAGGCUCAGGCGCAUCCAGGAUGAGAUGGAGCGGAAGAGGAGGCAGGAGGAGGAGGAGGAGCGGAAGAGGAAGGAAGAGGAGGAGAACAGAAGGAAGAAAUCGGAGUUGGAGGCACGACGCAAGCAGGAGGAGCAGGAGAGACUUCUACAGGAGGAGGAAGAUCGACGGGCAGCGGAGGCCUUGCAGGCUCAAAUGGCGAAGGAGGCAGCUGAGUGUGAGCAUCUGGCCCAUCUUGAGGAGCAGGAGCGCCGUGACCAUGAGCUUGCACUGCGCCUUGCCACGGAGACCAACUCAGCCGUGGAGGAGAUGACGCCCUCGCUGAAAAGCGCACUAAAUGGAGAUGCCAGUGAUUUGCUCAAAUUGAAAAGGUCCACCAUGGUCGAGAAGCAACGCAUGGAGGCCGCCAACAAGAAGCACGACCUCAGCAAGUGGAAGUACGCUGAGUUACGAGACACCAUCAACACUUCCUGCGACCUGGAGCUUCUCGAGGCUUGUCGCAGUGAGUUCCACCGGCGCCUGAAGGUGUAUCACGCGUGGAAGGCCAAGAACAAGAAACGCACCACCAUGGACGAGAACCAGCGGGCGCCCAAGUCUGUCCUGGAUGCUGCCAAGGCCAACCCCCCGCGCAUGACCCCCAAGGUGCCUCCCCCCGGUGUGGCCAGUGGCAGCACCAGCAGUCAGAGGUUCUUCCGGAUUCCCUUCGUGCGUCCCAGCGACCAGCACCGGGCAGACCAGCAGCGCAAGGGAUGGUGGUACGCUCACUUUGAUGGUGACUGGAUCGCUCGCCAGAUGGAACUACACCCGGACAAGCCCCCAAUACUGCUGGUGGCCGGCCGCGACGACAUGCAGAUGUGCGAACUGAGCCUCGAGGAAACGGGACUGACACGGAAGAGGGGAGCGGAGAUACUGGAGAGCGAGUACGAGAAGGAAUGGAAUCGCCACGGUGGAAAACCCUACCAACGGAACGGUUCAAACACGGCUAACAGGCGACGCUGAGGAGUGGAAUAAUAGCGGAUGGAUGAGUGGAAGGGUGGAAGAGGGAGCGGAAAGGUGGCUUUGUGGGUAGAAUGAGAGGGAGGUGAUUGAUACGAGAAAAGGGGAAGGAAGGAAAAGGAGUAGAAAGCAAAAAUAGAUUGAGAAGGAAAGGAAGGUGAGGGGAAAGAAAGAAUGAGAGGGAGAUAAUUGAUAAAAGAAAGGUGAGGGAAAGGAUGGAAGAAAAAGAACGAGAAAGCAGAAAUAAAAGUAAAUUGAGGAGAGGAAUGGAGAGGAAGGAAAGAAAGGAAGAACUAGAAAGAUGAAUAGAUGGAAAGAGAGGGAAAGGAAGGAGAAGGAAAGAAAGAAGAAGAAGCAGAAAGCAAAAACGAAACAGAUGGAUUGAAAGAAAAAAAGUAAAGAAGGAGGGAAAAAGAAGAAGGUGAUAGUGAGAGUUUCAUUGACUUAUUGGAUUGUAUAAAAAGAAGUGUAAAUGUGUAUGUCUAUUUUCUCUUUAUUUAUUUUUUUUUCUUAAUUUUUGUAGACCUCAGAAGGGACAGUAAAUGGCCUCCCAAAGGGUUAACGGACUGGCCGAUAAUAUUUUUGUUGUUUUUUCUUGUCGUUUUAUGAUGGAAGAAGGAGGAAAAGAGUUCACUGAGAGGGAGGAAUAGAGAAGUAGAUGUGAUGAUUGAAAGGAGGAGAGAAAAAAAAAGAGAAGGUUGAGAUUAAGGAAGGUGGAAGAGAGGUGGAAACGGAAGAAGAAGAGAGAAAAGUGGAGAUUGAAAGUAUAGGUUUUUAGAAGAGUGGACAGAAUGAUGGCAAGGAGGCGGAAGAGAGGCGGAAAUUGAAGAAGAAGAGAGAGAAAAGGAGAUUGAGAGUACUAUAGGUAUUUAAAAGGGUGGACAGGAUGGUGGCAAGGAAGUGGAAGAGAGGCGGAAAUGGAAGAAGUAGAAGAGAGAAAAGAGGAGAUUGAGAGUAUAGGCAUUUAGAAGGGUGGACAGAAUGGUUGCAAGGAAGCGGAAGAGAGGCGGAAAUAUAUUGAAUUUAAUGCAUGUGUCCUGGUGAUCGGUUAGUUACGGUAGGCGUUGAUAGGCUAAUUGAUGUGCUAAUGCUUGUGGAGACGCUGGUGGUUUUGAUGUUACUAGUUAAACACAUAAUUGGGACCAUUCUUAACCCUUUUACAUUCUGAUUACCGAAUGGAGACUGACGAUUAAAAUUAAGCCCAUAGAUAGACAGAUUUCAAAACGAGUCGACGGAAAGAUAGACGAAUGAGUGAAUGAGUGAGUGAUGACUUUAUCGGAAGAAGAAGAAGGUGGUUAGACUAUCGUAAGCUAAAUAGUGUAAGCGAAACGAACGCGUGAUUCAGGAAAAUCUCGUGGUAACUUAUUGCUUCCGACGAUGAUCCAGAUACCUUAUACUACUACUACUACUACUACUACUACUACUACUACUACUACUACUACUGCUGCUGCUACUACUAUUACCGAUGAUUAUGACUCUGGUAGCUUAAAACCGAUGAUUUUUAUACGCUUUAAGAAGACGAAAGGAAGGCGUCGGGGGUUAUACUAAGCCGCUGUGAACGGAGACUAAACUAGAUCGCUUUUUUAUACUAGAUACCGGCUAGAUUUGGUUACUUGUACUGCUGUUGCUGUUGUUGCUGCUAAAGUGUGAAUGGAAAGCUUUUUGCAUUUUUUUUUAAAUGGCUUAAGGGUAAAGAGGGGAAGAAAACAAGAGAAAAAAAGACCAUGGAAGAAAAAUUAAUAGAAAAUGGUGCAGCUAAGUAGAAUAUUUUAAGACAAACAAAGUGUGAGUCGAGAGCUUUUUGCAUUUAUUUAUUUAUUUAUUUAUUUAUUUUUUUCAGUAAAGGAAAUGGCUCAAGGGAAAAAAGGGGAAGAAAACAAGGGAAAAAAAGACCAAGGAAGAAAAGUUAAUAGAAAAUGGUGCAACUAAGUAGAUUAUUUUAAGACAAACAAAGUGUGAAUCAAGAGCUUUUUGCAUUUUUUCUUCACUAAAGGGAAAAAAGGGGAAGAAAAUAAGGAAAAAAAAGACCAUGGAAGAAAAAUUAAUAGAAAAUGGUGCAGCUAAGUAGAAUAUUUUAAGACAGACUCAAAUGUUAUAAAAACCCUGUAUUAAGAUGGGCAGCUCAUCAUGUGGUGCUGAGAGGGUACAAUGUUGCAGCUUUGUUACGUAAGGUCAAAAACGGAACACGAUUGGGGUAACUAAUUUAUUAUAGGUAGCUAGAAAAAUAUGGCAGCUGCUGAAUAAUGUGAAUAUACAUGCUUUUAGUUGAUACAUUUUAAAUACUUAUGUUUUGUGCUAUAGUAAAAGUCCAUUAAUCUGAAACACACCAGCCAGAAAAAUCAGAAACUCAUUAUACACAGUGCUCUGAAGGGAAAGACUCCGAUGGUUUGGACAUGUAAAGAGAGCAGGGGAGGAUACAGUGCUGGGAUUUUUGGAGAGAUUGGAGGUAGAGGGAAGAAGACGUAAAGAGAGCAGGGGAGGAUACAGUGCUGGGAUUUUUGGAGAGAUUGGAGGUAGAGGGAAGAAGACGUAAAGAGAGCAGGGGAGGAUACAGUGCUGGGAUUUUUGGAGAGAUUGGAGGUAGAGGGAAGAAGACGUAAAGAGAGCAGGGGAGGAUACAGUGCUGGGAUUUUUGGAGAGAUUGGAGGUAGAGGGAAGAAGACGUAAAGAGAGCAGGGGAGGAUACAGUGCUGGGAUUUUUGGAGAGAUUGGAGGUAGAGGGAAGAAGACCCGUUGGUAGACCUAGGAAAAUGUGGAGAAGGUGUAUACAGGAAGUCUUGGCAUUGAUGGGAUUGGACGAGCAUUGGGCAGAAGACAGAGUAGAAUGGAGGAGAGCCAUAAAGUGUCCAACCGCUCAGGAAGAGUGAAAACGGACAGUAAACGAAAUGAUGAUGAUGAUGAUGAUGAUAUACAAGAAGAUUAAAGCAGAAAAAAGAAAUAGAAAAAAUGUGACAACCACUGAAUGUAUGUAUUUGAUGUUAUUUGAUACAUGUUGAAUAGUGAUGUUUUUGUACUGCAGUGAAAGUCUAUUAAUCAGAAAUACAUGAGACAGUAAAGCUAAUAUUUUGUCAUAGGAAAAGACUAAGGAAAGAAGGGAAAAGGAAAAGAAACGUGUCUGAAAUUUGGACUGCAAGAAAAUAGGGGAAAAAUGGAUUAAUGAACUUUUGGUGUAGAUUGAAAAUUUAAUGAUAUGCUUCAGUUGUGUUUUACUGAUGAUAUUAUAUACGUAGGGAAAGAGAAAAGAUAUUUUGUCAUAGGAAAAGAAUAAGAAAAAGAGGGAAAAGGAAAAGAAACAUCUGAAAUUUGGAUUGCAAGAAAAUAGGAAAAAAAAAUGGAUUAAUGAAUUUUUGGUGUAGAUUGAAAACUUAUUGAUACGCUUCAGUUGUGUUUUACUGAUGAUAUUAUAUACUAAGCAAAAAAGGAAAAAGGAAAAGAAACGUGUCUGAAAUUUAGAUAACAAAAAAAAAUAGAAAAUAAAAUGGAUUAAUGAAUUUUUGGUGUAGAUUGAAAACUUAAUUAAAUACUGCAAUUGUGUUUUACUUAUGAUAUU